AGUGUUUGUGAGUUAAGUGAGAUGGGAAAAUAAAAGAAUGGACUUGUGAAUGGAUCAACACAUUUGCAGGCUGGUCAUGUUUUGGGUCUGCACACACACUGGCUCUCCAGCAACCUCUUUCUUCUCACUCCAAUAGGCACACACACACAUACACAAACACACACAAACACGCAUACAGUGGGAGCCUCAGAGAAAAGCCGGGGAUCCCGAUCCGUCACAGAGAUGACAUCACAGCUUGCCAGUAACAAAAAAUGGCUAAACAAGGGAGUCCCCCACUUCCCCUCCCUCCUACACAUCCCACAGAAUGAACAGAGGGAGAGAGGGGGAGGGAGUAGUGCUCUCAUUCGUUCUCAGAAAGAGAGAGACAGAGACAGAGACAGAGAGAGAUCCUUUUAAGGGAUUCAAAAUCACACGAGAGUGCACUGACACACGUAGAAACACACUUUAGCUGCGUCUCCAUAGUGAUCGGUUGCAUUGCCCCGUCUCGGGGAGGAAAUGCAAAAACUCAGUGCUUCAGAGCCGCUCGGCCAGAAAUACACAAACACACAGCUUCAUUCUAAUCCUCUGUCCGGCCACGAUGGAAAAAAACAAAAACAAAAAUCUUUCCAUUUCUUAUCACCCGUGCUACCUCCCCUCUGUUCAUUCUCUCUUCUUCCUGCUCUCACAUUUUUUCCUCUCCCUUCCACUUCCACUCUCUCUAACCCUUCCUCACCCCCCUCCUUCUCUCCCUCUCUCUCUCUCUCUCUCUCUCUCUCUCUCUCUCUCUCUCUCUCUCUCUCUCUCUCCCCUGCCGGUGGUAAGUUCAUUGAAGUAGACGACAGAGACAUGAAAGAGAAGAACCCCUGGCACACGCCGGUGACCAUCAUCUUCUCUGUGAUUGGUGUCAUAGCGAUCGUUGCCUUGGUGACGGUAGCAGUUUUGCAGAACAGGCCUCUCCCCCAAAAGUACAAGUAUGGAAUCGUGCUGGACGCUGGAUCCUCCCACACGGCUCUGUAUAUCUACGAGUGGCCUGCAGAAAAAGAUAACAACACUGGCAGAGUUGAGCAGACGCUCUCCUGCAAAGUCGAUGGUCCAGGUAUUUCCAGCUACGCGUCUGCUCCGUGGAAAGCCGGGGCGUCUCUGACAAAGUGCUUGGAGCAGGCCAGGCAGAAGGUCCCUGUAAAGAGACACAGCGAGACCCCUCUUUACCUGGGCGCCACUGCAGGGAUGAGAUUACUUAAUUUAGAGGACAGCUCUGCGUCGACGAAGGUCUUUCAGGCUGUGGAGGAAGCGCUGCAAAAGUUCCCCUUUUCCUUUCAGGGAGCGAGAAUCCUCAGCGGCCAGGAAGAGGGCGCCUUCGGCUGGGUCACGGUCAACUACUUGGACGAUCGCCUCGAACAGAACUUGCAAACCAGAGGUGCCCUCGACCUUGGCGGGGCCUCCACUCAAAUUAGCUUUGUAUCCGACAAUUUUGACGGAUCCGACUCCCCUGACAAUGCUGUCGCUUUCCGGCUCUACGGUAAUGACUACAACCUGUACACCCACAGCUUCCUGUGUUACGGGAAAGACCAAGCACUACGGAAGACGCUGGCACAACAGACUAAGUCAGGUCCAGGAACAAUAUUAGAUCCCUGUUUCCACCCUGGUUACACCGAGACAAAGAACUACUCCGUCCUCUAUGACAGCCCCUGCGUGUCCGACAGGAAACCCCAGGGAGCUCCUGCCACCUUCAAUCACACAGGAAAAGGAAACUUCUCUCGGUGCCAAGAAGUCGUCAAACGCAUCUUCAACUUCACAGAGUGCAAAUACAGCCAGUGCUCUUUCAAUGAGGUCUUCCAGCCACGGUUGCAGGGGCCAUUUGGGGCCUUCUCUGCUUACUACUUCGUGAUGAACUUCCUCAAUCUGACAGACACAUCCAUCCCUCUGGAAGUUGUCACGGAAAGGCUAUCACGCUACUGUGCUACCCCUUGGAACCAGGUAAAGGAGCAGCAUCCAGGAGUCAAACUAAAGUACUUGGCCGAGUACUGUUUCUCAGGCACGUACAUCGUCACCCUGCUGACCAAAGGAUACAACUUCACCUCAGAGAACUACCCCAACAUAAAAUUCAUCAAGAAGAUAAAAGGCAGCGACGCAGGCUGGACGCUGGGCUACAUGUUGAACCUGACCAACAUGAUUCCAGCCGAGGCCCCCGACUCCCCGCCUCUGCCCUACGCCGGCUACGUCUCCAUAGUCACCGUCAUCGCAUUACUGCUCUUCGUCCUCUUCAUCUUCAGCCUGCGUCCCCUCUGGCCCCGGUGCUCCAAGCAUCCACAGAUUAUAUAAAACACACACAACAUGUAUACUGUAUGUUUGAGUGAAGGUGAUUAAGGGAAUAUGUGGAGAUUUGUGAGUGUGCCGGCAUGAGCUAUUUUACCAAUUUGUGAAUAUAAAGAUUGUCAACUUGACACUUUCCAGCCUUUGUGAGGAUUUCGAAGGUCGACCUCUGCUGCACGACAAACAGUCCUGCAGCUUCACACGGACUCAAGGACAUUUCAGGAGGACAAUUGUUUUCUCUCACUGGGGGUGUGAGCUCUGCUUCCCUGGUUGAAGGACGUUUACUGUGUUUAUGCGUGAGUGCGUUUGAAUGUGUGCACCCACAUCAGUCUGCAUGUACAGUAUGUGCUUCGAACUGUAAUGUGAAUAUGAUACUGUAUAAAUAAAACGACCCAAGUUUAUAUAAA